CACACAGGGCUUUUCUGUGAAGUGAGAAACAAGCUAAAGGAGACAGAGACUACAAGAACAGCUUAGUCAUGGACGGCAGUGUGUGUAUACCGGCACAUAGAGAAGGAUAACCCACAACUUUAUGGGUACUGCGACUCAACUUGCCGGAAGAGUCGGGAAUGCUUGUGUGAAAGGCAGGUGAACUAUGCUCUCCUGCUCUCCCAGGAAGAUUACAGCAGGACAUGCUUCCAGCCACUCAACAGCUUGACUUCACUUGCAGCGUCAUGGGAAAUCUUAUUGGCACAAGGGAGACUGAGCGUUACUGCUCACAACAUACAGUCAGUAGUAGACUCAAUGUGAGAUUAUGAAAGUCUACUACGUGGAACCUGUUUGCUUUUCACUAAACGGGAAUACAGCAUAGUGGUAAGAGGAGCUGGAGAGAUUUGUCCAUACAAAGGCCUUUUUUUCCCAUACAGCGGUAGAGGUGGAAUAGGAGCCACUUGGAUAACUGGAGGUGUUGACCGUUGAUACGUUUUGAAUGGACACUUUGCCAGAGCUACCUGUUUUGGUUUUUACUCUCAGUUGGUGUGGCGCUUUGAGCAAAAAAUGGACAGUUUGAAUAAUAACUCAGAGGGACUGGGGAAGCAGCCCACCAGUUCCCUCCUGAAUGUCUUCAGCAGCAUCUUCAGCCGAGAAAGACAAGCCUCCUCAGACAGCGAGUCGGCCGUGCUGACGUCUUUCAAGGAGCUGUCAGAUGAGGACAAUGGUCUACCUGAAGGCGAUCAAACUACUAACAGUGAAAACAAUCUCCAAGGGAGUGAAGAUGUGCAUCAGGAUAAUGUGAACACAGGUCAGAGUGCUGAAUCAUUGGAAACCUGCAAGGGGUCUGAUGACCAAGUUAAAACUGCAGUUGGAGCCUUGGUUGAUCUAGAUCUGGUCCAGGUCACUCGGGUGGAAACAUAUAUUGACAAUGAGGAAAAUGAAGACGAGGAGGCGGCCCACAGCAGUGCUAGUCUGUCGAAGCCCACCCUACCUGAGGAGGAGGAGGAGGAGGAGGAGGAUACUAAUACAAUGGAGCAUGGUGAUGGAGAUGAGAUAAAAGAUGAGGCUGAGUAUCAAGUGCCUGUGUUCAGAACACACAAAUUUACGGAGAGAUCCCGCAUAGAAGCUAUUCUAUAUUCAGACAGGUUUGUCAACAGAUCUAACACUAGUACAUUUUUGGCCUCUUUAGUGUCCAAACAGGCAGGUGGCAGCAGUCUCGAGAAGAGCACCACCACAGCGUAUUUGGAUGUAGAAACAUCUGGUGCAGGAGAGAAUAGUAAAGAGGAUGUAGGAACAGAUAAAGGCGAAGAGUUGGCUGGAAUAGAUGGUUAUCUGCCUGUUUCUUCCAUCAUCUCUCAACAUCUGGAUUUGGCCUCUGAUCAUAAUUCUGCCACAGCCUCUCCUCUAAAGAAGUAUUUAGAUAAUACACAGAGGGAGGAGACACAUGCGCUAAGGGUUCAAGCUGAGGAGGGGGCUAAGGAACCUCUCUCCAGCCAGGUGUCCUUCUCUGUUCCCUCCGGCCCCAAGACUCCUGAAGUUUCAGUCUCCAGUCCAGAGGAGCAGUCGGCCUCUGGUGGUAUCACAAGUCACCCUACAGGGACUAAAAACCCCAUGCCGCUGUCAUCUGCUCCUGAAGAGUCUCCAGGGGACAUCCAGCCAAGUAACAGUCCUUCCUCACAGAUCACAACUUAUUUAAAGACACUAGAAAAAGAUUCACCACCUCCAGCUUCAUCCACUGCGCCCACCUCAACUUCAUCGCCAUCCACCGCACCCUUCCCCAACUCAUCCUCAUCCCCGUCCACAGCACCGUCCUCCACCUCAUCCAUGUCCACAGCACCGUCCUCCACCUCAUCACCGUCCACUGCACCCUCCUCCAUCUCAUCCCCGUCCACUGCACCCUCCUCCACCUCAUCCCUGUCCACAGCACCCUCCUCUACCUCAUCCUCAUCCCCGUCCACAGCACCGUCCUCCAUCUCAUCCCUGUCCACUGCACCCUCCUCCACUUCAUCCCCGUCCACUACACCCUCCUCCACCUCAUCCCCAUCAAGGGGGACGCUCUCCUCCCCCCCUUUCUUCCAGAUGCCGGCUCUCUUCAGUGGGUUGCGGGUGCUGAAGAAAGGAGCGUCUGGGAAUGACAGGGAGACCGUGUCAGAGAUCAAGCAGAGCGAGAAGGAUGCUGACCUGGCCCUGCUCAGCCUGAAGAAGACGGUAAACAAAGCCAAGCUCAUCCCCGAGCAGAAGACGGCCACCUCCCCAGCCAAAAAACCGGCGGAGCCUAAACCUAUUGCGGAAACUAAAAGCACUGUAAUGGGACAUCUCAGUCAGCUGCUCAACCUAGUCAACCACGAUGAGACCAAAAGGUCAGACGUCGGGCAGGAUGGUGAUCCUGAACACCGCAGAAAAGAGUCUGAGAAUGGAGAAGAGGUUCUUCUAAGCCCAGAAACCCCCACAUCCCCACAGGAGAGAAAGAACACCUCAGACCUGGCCUAUGAAACCUUCAGGAACAUCCUCGGCCCCAAAACUGUCAAAAAGGAAAAAACAGGAGUCGUGGAUCUGGAAGCAGUGAAAAAGAAAAACAAGAAUGACAAGGAAAACCUGAGGGCUAUUUUUGAGAGAUCCUUCAAAUCCCCUGGAAAGGAACCUAACAGUGCCGCAGAAGUUAAUACGGAGCUCACGUCCCCUACUGACAGUGAGGACCGGACCCCGGGGCGUCUUCAGGCUGUGUGGCCACCACCCAAACCCAAAGAUGAAGAAGAGAAGGUGGGGCUCAAAUACACCGAGGCAGAGCACCAAGCUGCCCUCUUGCAGCUAAAGAGGGAAUGCAAGGAAGAUCUGGAGAGGAUGCAUUCUGAUUUUGAGCUACAAAUCUUCCAACUGCGAGGUGAGCAUGCUGUCUCAGUAUCGCACCUGGAAGGACUCAUUGCUAAGAUGCAAAGAGACAAGGGGUACAAUGCAGGUCAGGAGCGUGGCGAGCUCCGCGACGUGGCUGUGUCCACAUCAGAUGACCUGACACACAAGACCUUCCGCACCGUGAGUAUCCAGACGGACAGGGAGACCUUCAUAAAGAGCCCCGAGAGGGACGGUGACUGGCCUGCUCAAAGCCCCAUCCAGAACGUGCCAAAAAAACUCAACCUGGACUCCAUCGGACUAAAUCUAAAAGCUGGCCCUUCUGGACCACCCCCACCUCCGCCACCUCCUCCCCCUCUCCCACCAGGCCUCUUCGGACCUCCUCCUCCUCCCCCUUUGCCAGGCACCACUGGAGCACCGCCGCCACCACCUCCUCCUCCUCCUCCUCCUCCUCCCCCUUUGCCCGGCAACACUGGAGGACCGCCACCACCCCCUCCACCACCUCCACUCCCUGGUUGUGGUCCACCACCCCCACCACCACCUCCCCCGCCACCUCCUGGCCUACCUGGAUCGGGUCCACCUCCUCCUCCUCCUCCCCCUCCUCCAGGUGGAGGGCCGCCACCUCCUCCCCCUAUGGGGGGCUUCAGUUUCGUCCAGAAGGUGGAGAAGGCCCCACGGAAAGGUGCCAUUGAGCCUGCCUGUCCCAUGAAGCCUCUGUACUGGACCAGGAUACAGAUAGAGGACGACAACAACAACACCCUGUGGGGUUCUCUGGAGGAGCCAAACAUUGUCGGGGCCAAUGAGUUUGAGGAUCUUUUCUCCAAGGCCACGCUGCAGACGAAGAAGAAGCCCCUGUCCGACACCUUUGAGAAGAAAGCCAAAACGAAGCAGUUUAUCAAGCUGCUGGAUGCGAAGCGUUCACAAGCAGUCGGCAUCCUCCUAUCAAGCCUGCAUUUGGAGAUGAAGGACAUUCAGCAAGCUGUUCUUACUGUGGACAACUCUGUGGUGGACUUGGAGACCAUUGAGGCUUUAUAUGAAAAUAGGGCCACCAGUGACGAAAUGGCCAAGAUAACCAAACAUUAUGAGACCUCUAAAGAGGAUGAAGUCAAACUGCUGGACAAGCCUGAGCAGUUUCUCUAUGAGCUCUCCCAGAUCCCCGACUUCGCGGGCCGAGCGCACUGCAUCAUCUUCCAGUCAGUAUUCCUCGAUACCAUCUCCUCCAUUCGUCGUAAGGUGGAGAUCAUCUCGAAUGUCAGCAAAGAGCUGUUGGAGUGUAAUAGCUUGCGGGAUGUAAUGGGUCUUGUUCUGGCCUUUGGGAACUAUAUGAACGGUGGGAACAGGACAAGAGGUCAGGCUGAUGGCUUCGGACUGGAGAUACUCCCCAAACUAAAGGACGUCAAGAGCAGGGACAAUCGUAUGAACCUGGUGGAUUAUGUGGUUUUAUACUACCUGCGCAAUUUUGACGAGCAUGCCGGCACAGAAAAGAGUGUGUUCCCUAUGCCGGAGCCUCAGGAUUUCUUCCAGGCUGGUCAGGUUAAGUUUGAAGACCUCACUAAGGACAUCAGGAAGCUGAAGAAGGAUCUGACUGUUUGUGAGAAGAGCGUGCAGAAGGUGUGUGCUAACCCGUCAGAGGAAUACCUCCAGCCCUUCAAGGAGAAGAUGGAAGGAUUUAUCUCAACUGCUCAAAAGGAGCAUUCAGCUGAAGAGGAUCGACUCAAUGAAGCACAGAGAAGUUUCCAGGACACGGUGAGCUACCUUGGGGUCAAGCCAAAGUCUGGGGAGAAAGAAGUGUCAACGAAUCUCGUUUUUAUGAUUUGGUACGAGUUUUGCAAUGACUUCAAGAACACCUGGAUACGUCAAAACAAGAAGAUCUCCAAAGAGAGGUUGAAGGAAGCUCAAGAAAACAUCAAGAAGAUCACAGCGGAGAAGAGAGUCGAAACCAAGAAGAUCAAUGCCAACAGUCUGAAAGAGAGGCUGCGGCAGAAGGAAGCAGGCGUGUCUUCCAGCUGAGUGAAAUGACAAGUGACGGAGCAUCGCAGAUCAGAAAGUGUGCAGGCCUCAUCGCUCCUGCUUUUACCACCUGCCUCAACAACAGGACUCACAGCCCCAUACGGACUCACAAUAAAACCUCUUACUACUCCCCCUCUGCCCUCCUAACACCCUCCCAUCCAGAUAGAAGCUGGGCCUGCAGCGAGGAUGCAUGGCUGACACAGCCGCAGUGAUUGGAGUCUCUAAAGCCAAAGGUUGAUCUCAUUCAUCCGGCAGGGCGCGACCUCUGAGUGCCCAGCUUGUGAAAAGGUCUCAAGGGGUCAGUGGGAUUCACAACAGCUGACGCAUCCAAGAGGUUCCUUCUGGAUCUAUUCAAGAGCUGAGAAUCCCAUUUCUUUCAGAACUGUAGAUGUUAGACAGCAGAGUGAUAAUGCUCCUACAUAUAUUAAAAAUGUGAUGAAGUUAUUGCUGUUAUGUGAACAGAUACGGCAGCGGAAGAGGAAAAUCCCUGUUCACAAAACAAAUCUCUCUGGAAGUGAUAAAAAACAAAGAAAACAGUUGCUCGUCUUCUUUGCUGUAGCGAAUAUCUUUUCAUUCGCCACGGCUCAUUAAAAGUCUUGCAAAUAUGUCAUGCUGUAGGACCGAGUGGCGAUGAGAAGUAUGAUGGAUGAUGUGCGCCAGGCUUCACAUGCAGAUGGAGACAUGUCGGGUAUAAAAUGCGUGUGCGUGGAGGUUUCACUGUAUUGUGUAGCACUGCAUCAGACUGACCUCUCCUGGGUGACGAUGGCCAGAGAAGGGCAGAACCUGGCAGCGAGCCACACACACACACACACACACACACACACAACUUAAAAUCAUCCAAAGAACACAACACAAUGUGGCCGUGCACCCACUCCCACUUAAAAAUCCGACAUAAAUGGUUAAUCCCUCUUCACGUCGUGUCCACAACUCCUUUAAGCACUUUGCUGCGUGUCGUUGCCGCUAUAAGCCACUCCCCUGUUAUGCUCAUGUGCAUUUUUUUUCCGAUGUCUUGCACCUUUUUGCACCUUUUUUCCUAUGCAAGAGUAUGAGACCAGAGUCCUCAGAAUAUUUAUGAAUUGUAUUGCGUCAUGAUAAAAUCCUAUUCGAUCUUUUUUCUUUUCUUUUUUCUAAGAAGGUUUAUUAAAGUGUAUGUUUUAUUUUCGCAAAUGUAAGAUGUAACCACGCUCCAGAAAAGUAUAUUUAUGUAUAGAAUGAUUAUUUUCUGCCAAAAAGCAUCUGCUUUGGUCCCUUUUGAGGGUGUAUUUGUAUGAGUUGUAAUUGACUGAGAAGCUACCGGAUAGGUCAGUCAGAUAAAAGAUUUAUUUUCACAUGGAUAUUGCGUGUAUGAUGUGGCCGCUGAUUUACAGUGUAGUCUGUGGAUUUUUUUUUUUGUGGAGGUUUUGGAGAGAUGAGGGUUGUAUUUUGUUUUUUUAGAACAUUUAAGCAUAUUACCUGAAGCCAUGUGAGUUGUUAUACCGCAGACAGACUUCUUUUAUCAGAGUGUAUAUAUAAAACCGCCCAUUUAAUUACUUUUUUUACCCUCCCAAGUCUUUUUCACGUGGCAUUUAUUUUGUAAAACCAGAAUCUAGAUAUGUCAUCAACUGUUUUACUUCCGAGGGUUUGAAAAGCAAAAAAA